AAUCAUUUUCUCAAACACCAAGAAACCGCAUCUUAUCUCAAGUUGUUUCCUUCAAGGUUUUCCUUUGUAUUAAUCGGGUAAACUUUCGCACUCGGGUCACACCGCAUCGGACACUGUAUACUGAGCUGUUGUUGUUGUUGGUUCUAUGGCGACGGCGAGUGUGUGGCGGCGGCAUAUCGGUUGGUGUUGCGGUGUGCGAUUCCGAGGCUUUCCAUGUGUCUCUAUGGCUCUUUCAAACACGCUCCGACUAUCCGACACCGUCCGACAACAGCCGUCCGUGUGCGCAACCAUAGAGAGCGCACGGUAUGGUGCCUGCCGACUAUGACUGUGUCGACUACCGACGCGACGGACGCCGCUGCCGCCAAAACCUCUAGCAGUGCACUAGUGGUAAGGUAGUGAUCGCGAGACUGGCCAUCGCAAAAGGUGGCAGUGCGGGCGCGCUCUCUCUGUCUGUCUGACUGUCUGUUUGUCUAUCUGUUGUGCACCUUCGAUAUUGGUUGGCAGAGACCCCGAAUCGGCAUCGAUUAAUUACCCACCACACGGUUGAACAGGUGACAAAAUACGCGCGUUGUCUCGGAUCAUUCUGGGCAGCGACUGGACGGGACUGGAAAGUGUUCAAAACUGCUGUGGCUCUAGAUCUUGACGAGUUUGGAUGGUGGAGAUCUGAGUGGUGAACUCGUGCUACCAAAAGACAGAUAGUGUUAACCGCGCGAAUCGUGUGCAAUUGAGCGGGUAUCAGCUUUGUCGUUAGAUGUGUUGAAUGUCGGAGUUGUCGCCGUCGUAGCGUUGUUGUUAACUCAGCAAUAAUCUGAUCCAAAAACGAAUCGAAGAUUUUGUCCGCGGCGGCGUUGCGUGAAGGUGAAGCGUGAAACCACAGAAGGUGGAAAGAUGGAGACGAUUGAAGAUUGCGGGGAUCAAGCUCAGGAUGCUGACAACGGAGUGCGCUAGGUUUGUGAUUCUGAAGUGAACUGUUUUGUGUAAUUUGUCUCGGUUGGACAGAAGAGGUAAUUAUUUCCUGCCGGGAUGGACUGGUUGACGUGAUAGUUGAAACGUAAUGCGCUAAGGUUACGCUUAGUUGAACAAUCCAGCAGAGUGUGAUAAUCGCGCAUCGUGAGUGCAAGAACAGAAACCGCCAACGACAGUGUUAGUGCAGUGUAGUAGUGCGUCAAGGUGGCCACAAUCGCCGUCAACUCGUGCUAGUGCGGGUCGUUCAUGCAAAUCUGAUCAAAUGGCUUACCUAUCGGAUGUUGACCUUGCGACAUUGCAUCGAUCACGACUGGAAGAACGUGUCCACUACAAGUUGUCCUCCUGGUGGCAGAAAUCGGCGACCGUCGAUGGCUCCAUCGGUCACGGUCAGUUCCACCAGUACGGGACGACCACGCCUUCGCCGGCGCAAAUUUCCGCUCAAUCCCGUUCGGCCAGUCGGUCGUCUACCACGGAUGACAUAAUCAACAACAAUAACAGCAGCAGCAACAGCAAUGGCAGAGAACUUGAAUCGUCGACCCACUCAAAGUCGUCGAUCGCAAGACGGGCUUCGCAGCAAAAGAGCCCUACUGGUGGUGGCGGUCGAGGUGCUGCCUCCGCCAGUUCCAGUACCUGUGAGGCAAACACUUCAACGACGUACCUUGGCGAGUCUCGACGGCUGAUGACGUCAGACCGUCCGCCUCACCACCAUCAUCGGGCCGGAGCCGGCAGGCAUCAAUCCAAUGUGCAUGUGAUCAAAUACCGCAACCGGAAUAGCAGCCAGAGCGCUCUGACAGGCAUCGGGGGGUGUUCCGCCGCCGCCGCUGUGGAUGCCGUCGUCAGUACGACCACCAUCAAUGGCUACCACAGUGGAGCCAGCAGUAGUAGCAGCAUUAGCAGCGGCAGCCAGAAAGGGUACAAGCACGUCGAGUGGAGCGAUGACGACUACCUCAACGACGAUGGGUACUUCUCGUCCGAAACGCGCCGUAGGAGAUCCGGCACGUGGCCGCGAACGCGAAGUUUAAACGCUCCCUCGCCGUUCCAACAGUUUGGACCAUGUGGUCGUAUUAUGAAAAACUCCGCCAUGGUGAUGCAAAUCCAAGACCCUGCCAGUCAGCGACUGACCUGGUACAAGCCUCCGCUGGCGGUCCUCGUGAUAAAGAAGGUUCGUGACUCGAAGGUGCUGCAGCCGUUCUGCGAACUGGUGGAGUGGCUCAUCCAGGAGAAGCACAUGGUCGUGUGGGUGGAGGGCGCCAUCCUGGACGAUCCCCUGCUCACCGGGGACAAGCGGUUUACCAAGAUCCAGGACAAGCUGAUAACGUUCAAGGACGGCCGGGACGACCUGACGGACAAGAUCGAUUUCAUUAUCUGUCUUGGUGGCGACGGGACGCUGCUGUACGCGUCGUUGCUUUUCCAGAAAUCGGUACCACCGGUGAUGGCAUUCCACUUGGGCUCACUCGGCUUCCUGACGCCGUUCCAGUUUGACAACUUCCAGGAACAGGUUACCAACGUGCUGGAGGGACACGCGGCCCUGACGCUGCGUAGCCGACUGCGGUGCAUCAUUGUUCGGAAGGACAAAACGGAGCAGGAGAUUUCCACGUUCAAAUCAUCACAGGAUCCCACGACCAAUAUUUUGGUUCUGAACGAAGUCGUCAUCGACCGGGGUCUGUCGUCGUACCUGAGCAAUAUCGAUCUAUUUUUGGACGGGAAGCACAUCACCUCGGUGCAGGGCGAUGGGUUGAUCGUGUCUACGCCGACCGGAAGUACGGCCUAUUCGGCGGCGGCCGGUGCAUCCAUGAUUCACCCCUCGGUGCCGGCGAUCCUGGUGACGCCGAUUUGCCCCCAUUCGUUGAGCUUCCGGCCUAUUGUGCUGCCGGCCGGUGUGGAACUGAAGAUUGCCCUUUCACCCGACAGUCGAAAUAGCUCAUGGGUCUCGUUUGACGGCAGGAACCGUCAAGAAUUGCUCCAUGGUGAUAGUCUGCACGUGACGACCUCAAUCUACCCAGUCCCCAGUAUAUGCGCCCAGGACCAGAUCGCCGAUUGGUUCGAUUCGCUGGCCGAGUGUCUGCACUGGAACGUCCGCAAGCGGCAAAAGUGCCUGGACGAGCUGUCCGACCUAACCGGAUCCGGAACGGAGGACAGCGCCAUCGAGGAUAUCGAACGUGGCAUGGAGAAUCUGGAGAGCUAAAAUGGGGCGAAAGGUGCUCGACUACCGAACCCCAAAUCUCCCAUAUCCUUUCAAACCUUUCCAAAUACUCCUCCCCUACCUAAUAAACUCCCUCCCCUGAUCAACAACGGUGUACUAUCGAAAUGUGUUCUGUGAGAGUAACCUGCGGCACAAAGUUUUAUCCAGCGGCUUAACGUUUGGUUCGGCGUUCCAAUUGGUCUUUGAUGCCCCCUUCUUCCCAUCGUGCAGUAGUGUUAUCGUGAGUUACCACAUGAUUUUAUUUUACGUUUGCAAAGUGUCCCCCGGGAUCAAGAGUUAAGCCAGGGACUGCGCUUAUGCGAGAGAAAGACAGAGAGAAAGAUGGAAGAAAUAAAAUAGGAAUUCGCUAGGUAAAGACUGUGAAAUAUUUGAGCAAGCGAGGCAUAAUGGUUAAGGGUAGGCUUUUCGUAUUUUAAAUACAAAACUUAAAUCGGAUGAUCGUACUAUAGGUUGGAGUUGAGGCGAAACAGAAUGAUCGCACGAUAUUGUGAUUGAGAAUAACACGGUGUUAUAGUUGGAAAGGUACAAAACUUCCUUUGAGACGUAUUUCAGGUUUUAGGCAUUGUUGAACGAUAUUGGUGACAGGUCAAUUUCCGUUUUUUUUGUUGAAGCUAUGCCUCAGUUGAAAACGAUGUUUAGAGUCUUCUUCUUCAAUUUGAAACAAAUCGGUAAACUUUUGCAAUAGUUUAAGUUUGAAGACGGAAACAUCUUGUGGAAUACUAUGAAUUCCCGACCUCGCGGAUAGAUAUCAUUGUAAGCUUCAUUUUCACAUCGCUUGAACAUCACUUGAAACUGUAAUUUUGAACAGUUUUUAGAUGUCAUAAUACCGACAUAUUGAUAAUUCUUGUUUUCUCUUCGUUCCACAAACGCGAUCGAUAAAUUUGCAUUGCAUAUUAAUUUCAAAACAUAAUGCCACCUAGCGACUGAGUUUAUAAACCAAGAUAUUCCCCCGAAAGCUUGAAAAUGUGAGAUUAGCCAUUCAAUUUGCUUCAAAUUUCACUCAGCUUGUAAAAAUAUGAAGCCUGCAGCCAAUACUUACACCUGAAGUAUGUAAUUUGAGAAACCUAUAUCUUUUCUAGCUCGUAACACCAUAACAUCUGAGUGGAUAGAAUCAAACGAGCGAGGGUUUGAAGUUAAGCUAAGAUGCAAGUGAUUUGUUCAUUCCGAAUUGGAGCCAAGUUUAGUGAUGAUGAUGAUGAUUCUAGAGAAAAAUCGUUAGACGAGUUCUAUAAUCAGCUGUUCAUGUUCAAGUUUGACCUAGACAAAAACAGACACGAGAGAGAAGAUAUUAUUGAACAAAGAUGUCACAUGCAUGAGAACCGUGAAUCGUGAAGAGUGAAUGAGGUGAGAUUGGCAAAUCUUAAAUGGUUAAGAUGCAUCUUUUUUUUUGUAUUCUAUGUAGCGUUAGGUUAAAAUAUAUGUUAAUAUUUCAUUGAAGCAACAAAAUCCACACAGCAUGAACAGAAGCAAGAAUCGCUUGGGGAUGUAACUAGUGAUGUAAUUGAAAGAAAAACAGGCAAAUCAAAAACAAAUGUUAAAUUAGCUCCUAGAAAAGUUGAUCUUUUUAAUAUUUUUACCAUGUAUUUAAUAUAAAAAACGGAGAAAAAUCGCCAAGCUCA